CCUCCCCCACAGAGCACUUCCCCAGGAUCAAAGAUUCUCAGGCUAUCAUAGGCUGACAGCUGCAAUUUUUUUUCAACACUUUUGCUUCCAAUUUUUGUGUCUAUAAUACAUGUCAGUGACAUGGGGAGGGGAGGACUUAAUGCAGGUUAUUCUGUGAACACAUCUUGGGAGUUUUUGUGGUCUCGGGUGUUUGUGUGUGUGCGUAUGGGUUCAGUACAUGCGUAUGGACGUUCGCAUCCGUGCGUGCCGUGUUUGUGUGUGUGUGCUGUCUACUCGUGUAAUGUUUGUAGCAGAAGGAGCCAGAAUCUGGGGGAAAACUCAAGAGUUUAAAAGCUUGAAAAAUAGUAUGGUGCACACACUUUGUGUGUGCAGUUUGGAUCAUGGCGGUACAGGACGGGAUGGCUGGAUGGUGGAUUAUUUCCAUAUCUUCGGGCAAGGACAGAGAUACCUCAACAGGAGAAACUGGGCCGGGGCAGGGCAUUCCCUCCAGGAGGUGACCGGGCAUGACCACUAUAAUGCCAAUCUGAAAGCCACCCAGGGGUUCAAUGGUCGGUUUGGCUAUCGCCGGAACACCCCAGCCCUCCGCCAGCACCCAUCUGUCUUUGGAGAGGUCACCCAGUUCCCUCUCUUCUAACAGCAGCUCUUCUCUUCACACUCCUCGACCUGAAUUUCUAAGACAGAUGUGUAUGUGAACUCUCAUUGUUAUUUUAUAUUAAAACUUUUGUGUG